AUGUCCGACAGCAAUGGGCGACGCCACCGCAUCGGCUACGCCUUCCCUCCGAAGAAAGAGCAGACCUUCAUCCAGCCGUCGCUGAUCAGCCAUGCCCAGCAGAACGGCAUCGAUCUGGUCCCCGUGGAUCCCGGGAAGCCCUUGACCCAGCAGGGCCCCUUCGACUGCAUCAUCCACAAGCUCUACCACGACGAAUGGAACACCCAGCUCAACGAAUUCUCCUCUCUCUACCCCCGCACCGUCAUCCUCGACCCGCCCGACUCCAUCGCCCGCCUCCACAACCGCGUCUCCAUGCUCGACGUCAUCAACGCCGCCUUCAAAGCCCCCCGCGUCGAGAAUGUCUCCGUCCCCAAGCAGGUCCUCAUCCACGACGCCGCCGAACUGGAGACCGAUUUGGGUUUGAAGUUUCCGGUGAUUGCCAAGCCCCUGCUGGCCAAUGGCAGCGCCAAGUCGCACCAGAUGUCUAUGGUGUUCAGCAGCGAGGGGAUCAAGAAGGUCGAGACCCCCAUUUUGCUGCAGGAGUUUGUCAACCACGGAGGUACCAUCUUCAAGGUCUAUGUCAUCGGGGAUUACACCGAGUGCGUCAAGCGCAGGUCGCUGCCCGAUAUCUCUGACGAGCAGCGCGCAAAACUGGCAGCGGAUGUGUUGCCAUUCUCGCAGAUUUCGAAUGAAGAGGUUGACAUUGAGGGUGUGGAGAUGCCGCCGCCUGGGUUUGUGGAGGAGCUGGCCAAGGGGAUCAGCGACGGCCUCAAGCUCAAUUUCUUCAAUUUUGAUGUCAUCAGGGACUCCAAUGACAAGCACAGCUAUUAUGUUAUUGACAUCAACUACUUCCCUGGCUACGCCAAGCUCCACAACUUCGAGCACCUUUUGACAGACUUUUUCUUGUCUGUGCUUUCCAAGAAGUCUCAGACUCAGCUUGAACAAGGCAAGGAAGCGAAGCCGGAAUGA